AUGUCCGAUCUUUCCUGUGCUUCCCCACCACUUACCCGCAGCAAAGCUGCAGCACAAGAGGCGGAAAUUCCGGCUACUCCCGCCAUCAUUUCCGUCCUACUGUCCACCUUCCAAGAGCAGGUUGCCUUGAAGGACAAACAGAUCGCAGAACAGCAGGAGCUGAUCGCAGAGCUGAUUGGCAGCGAACUCAGACAGACAGAAACACCCACACCACACACACAGACACCUGCCGAAAAACCGAAGGACAUGCCCUCUAUUUCACCUCUGGCGGCCCAGACACCGACGGAACCGGAGCCAGAGCCGACGGAGGACACAACCAACACAGACGAAGACGGGCCGUGGCAGCAGCCACCAUAUGACGGACCAUACCUGGUAGUCAGUAGGGAUACCAAUACUUUCCGCAUAAUGAUUAACGGUACACCCACCACAGUUGCAGUGGACCGUAUCGAGCCUGCAUUUCUGGACACAACAGACACCACAGCUACCACUGAACACAAACCAGAGAAGACAGGAGAAGCUACAAGAUGUGUUCCUGUACCCCACGAACACCACAACGCUCAGCGAAUACCAGUCACUGCAACACCAAGACCGACGUCGAGGACUGCUACACCACUCCCUGGCACAACCACUGACACACGUGACGCACCGCCUGGUUUCAAGAAAGAAGUAGUUACAAGAGCUGGACGGCGUGUGAAAUUUAAUCUGCGGUAUCGAUAG